UUUAUUUUAGGCAAUCUAAUGAACUCAUUAAAUAGAAGUUAAAUUGUAGCAUUAUACAUUUAUUUUAGUCAUCUACUUUGAAAACCCAUCUUAAUAUCACACAGCAUGGCCUUACUGAAUAAUAGCUUUUAUGAGUAAAAAUUUGCAUUAAGUAAGUUCAAUUGAAAAUGUUGCAUUUUCUAAAUUUCUAUUUUUACUUUUUAUUAAUUCAACAAGAAUUAGCUCUAAUAACAAAACCAAGAGAGAGAUUUGAAAACUAUGCAAUUUAUGAAGUGACAGCUUUUAAUGCUCGAGAAAGGGCCUUAUUGUAUUAUCUUUAUGUAAAAAAUGAAGAACUUGUGUUUCUAAAUGGAAUCACUAAUGAGGCUGCUGUACCUAUAGAUGUCAUUGUGGAUAAAUGUUGCACAAAUUUUUUUGAAGAAAAAUUGAGAGAUGAUGACAUAGAAUUUGUUAAAAUUAAUGAAAAGUUCUUGGCGAAAAGUAAAGACAUUCUUUGUAUUGAAAACCAUUGGGAUGGAACACAUACUCCAAAUAUAACAAAUGCAUUUUAUUAUUGGGAUGCAAUCCAGUUUUGGAUUGAUUCUAAAAUCAAACAUUUUCCAAAAUUAACAAAAAUCAAAAUAGGUGAAACUUAUGAGAAAAAAGAAAUAAUAGUAUUAAAAUUAUCAAGCGGACAUAAAAAAUCUGCUGUAUUUGUUUUGGGAGGUGAAGAUGGCAGAGACAGGGUGUCUCCUGCAAUACUUUUGAAUUUUAUUGACUACAUAUUGCAGCAUAGACUUAAUGUAGAUAUGCUGAUAAAACAUCAUGAUUUCUAUAUUCUACCAAUGCUUAAUCCUGAUGGUCAUGAUUACAGCAUGAAAGACUUUGUUUGGGCGAGAAAUAGAAAAAUUUAUUUUCCCAAGAAAAGGUGUAGCACAAAUGUAUCAGGCAUUGGUAUUAAUUUGGACAGAAAUUGGUUUUUUAGCAAAGAAACAUUAAGAAAUGAAGAAUGUGAUCCAGUGUUCUCAGGUUCCAAAUCUUUGUCAGAAGAAGAAACUAUGAGCUUAGCAAACUUUUUAAAUAACCAUUCUCUUCAAUUGUUGGCGUUCAUCAAUCUCAGAUCUUUCGAUGAUCUUGUGACAAUACCCUAUGGGUACACGACUGACCAAGCUAAUAAUUACCCUAUUUUGAUGGAAAUUAUAACUUCUGUGCAUGAAAAAGUAAAAGAGGAGUAUGGUAAAUCUUUUUUCUAUGGUGCUACUUCUUCCUAUUUCUAUAAUUACACUGGUAAUGUAGCUGAUUGGGUAAAGAAGAAAUUGAACACACCUAUUGUCUACACCAUAUAUAUGAACAAUAUGGAAUAUAUUUACGCUAGUCCUGAAGAUAUACAGCCAAUGACUGAUCGGUUUUCAACUAUGAUAAAAGAGAUUUUACUACUUGGAAAUACCAUUUACAGUCCACUAUUUGGUAAUCAAAAUAGACAUUGCUUACAUGUUAUUGUAAUGCUUAUAAACAUUAUAUGCACUAUAACAUUAUAACAUUUACUUUUAAAUUGUUUUUUAA